UUGUCCUGCUGGACUCGAAGGAAUCUCAAGCAGAGCUGGGCUGGACCUCGCACCCAUCAAAUGGGUGGGAAGAAAUCAGUGGUGUGGAUGAGAAUUACAAGCCGAUACGCACGUACCAGGUCUGCAAUGUCAUGGAGCCAAACCAGAACAACUGGCUGCAGACUGGCUGGAUUGCCAGGCGUGACGGCCAGAGGAUCUUCAUCGAGCUGAAGUUCACCCUGAGGGACUGCAACAGCAUCCCUGGUGUGACGGGUACCUGCAAGGAGACUUUCAACCUGUAUUACGUCGAGUCUGACUCUGACCUGGGCCGUAGCGUCAACGAGAGCAAGCACACCAAGAUCGACACCAUUGCUGCUGAUGAGAGCUUCACGCAGGGGGACCUGGGUGAGCGUAAGAUGAAGCUGAACACCGAGCUGAGGGAGAUCGGGCACCUGAGCAAGAGAGGCUUCCACCUGGGCUUCCAGGACGUGGGUGCCUGCGUGGCGCUGGUCUCCGUGCGGGUCUAUUACAAGAAGUGCCUUGCCACCGUGCAGAAACUGGCUGUGUUUCCGGCACGGGAUGGGCGAGUGUCUGACAUCAGCCGCCUGUUUGUCACCCUGACUGUUGGGAUGACCCUGCAGGACCUGUCCACUGUCUGGAUCUGGGAUGGAUCUGGCGUGGUUCAGGUACGAGUCGUGGUGGUCUGUGACCACAUCCAGGUCCAGGAGGGGAAGGCAGGUCAUGGCCGAAGGUCAGAGGAGGCCGUGCUGGCAUCUGUUGCUGGUUCUGUGUGGGUGGGCUGGGAAGUGCAGACCCAGUGCGGCAUCCUGAAACCAUCGUUAAACCUGAACUGCACCCCUGGGGGGAUCUUCAG